GCACGGAGGACGCGGCUGGCACCGUACACGGCUCUCGUUUGUCCCCACUGAGACCACAAGAGAAGAGCGCGGAGGCUACUGUAAGAAAAGAUGGAUUUGGCCAACCAUGGACUAAUACUGCUGCAGCAGUUAAAUGCCCAGAGAGAGUUUGGUUUUCUAUGUGACUGCACAGUUGCAAUUGGCGACGUCUACUUUAAGGCUCACAAAUCUGUCCUUGCAUCAUUUUCCAACUAUUUUAAGAUGCUCUUUGUGCACCAGACAAGUGAAUGUGUACGUUUGAAAUCAUCAGACAUCCAACCAGACAUAUUUAGCUAUUUAUUACACCUUAUGUACACUGGGAAAAUGGCACCUCAGCUUAUAGAUCCUGUACGUCUGGAACAAGGCAUCAAAUUUUUACAUGCCUUCCCCCUUAUCCAAGAAGCCAGCCUUGCAAGCCACGGUGGAUUUUCCCAUCCAGAUCAAGUAUUCCCUUUAGCAUCAUCUCUGUACGGCAUUCAGAUUGCAGAUCACCAGAUACGGCCCCCUGCAAAGGUCACUCCGGCAGCUGAAAAGGCCAGUCGCGAUACUCGGCCACAAACCUCCAGGCAAGAUACAGCAUCAGAGAAUGUACAAAUAAAUCAGCUCCCAUCUGCACUUCCUACAGCUAACCGCACAAACCUAACUUUCUCUGAGUCAGUUCAUGCUCCCCUGUCUCCUGAAGCCACUUCAUCUGUCCUCCCGACUGCAACGUCUCUGGAGGAGAAUAGCAUGGAGGAAUCACCAACUGAUGAGCAAAAUACAUCACUGACCAUUGCACAUGUCAAGCCAAGCAUCAUGAAAAGGAAUGGUAGCUUUCCGAAAUACUAUGCCUGUCAUCUGUGUGGCCGACGCUUUAACCUGAGGAGUAGCCUUCGCGAGCACCUUCAGCUUCAUACAGGAAUACCAUUUAGUUCUGCUACUGGGCAGACGGAGAGCAGCAUAUCCCCCUCUUUUUGCAACAAUGGGGCUGACCUAGGAAAAGAACCAAUGGAAACUACAGAGGCCGGUAUAAUAAGUGACAGUGAUCUGCCACAAAUUUCUGACUCGCCAAUCAUUGAUGGACAGCAGCAGGCGGAAACCCCGCCCCCUACCGACAUUGCCGAUAUUGAUAAUCUGGAGCAGGCAGACCAGGAAAGGGAAGUGAAGCGCAGAAAAUACGAGUGCAGCAUUUGCGGGCGUAAAUUUAUCCAAAAAAGCCAUUGGAGGGAACACAUGUACAUCCACACGGGAAAGCCUUUCAAGUGCAGUACAUGUGACAAGAGCUUCUGCAGGGCCAACCAAGCAGCACGGCACGUGUGUCUAAAGAGCUCUGAUACCUACACGGUGGUGGACAAGCAGACUCUGGAGCUGUGCUCAUUUGAUGAAAGCAGCCAAAUGGACAACAUGCUCGUUCAAACAAAUAAACGUUACAAGUGCAACAUUUGUGACAAAACAUUCUCAACACCCAAUGAGGUGGUCAAACAUACGUGCCAAUCGCAAAACUCGGACGUCUUUGCUCUUGAAGAGGAGGGGAAGCCCCUUCUGUUGAGCAGUGGGGACUCAGAAGCUGCAGAUCAUGACAACUCAAUGCUGGCGUCGAUUAAAAAAGAGCAAGAAACAGUGCUGGAUUAAUUCUGCUCUUUAUAUACUUACAUUUCCUUCUAUAUGCUUUUUUACUUAGAAACUCUGCUGGGUUUUUUUUUUUCACUUUCUUUCUUCUACCACGUGUGCAGUAGAGUGCGAAACUCACAGGUCCGGAAAAGAAACCAUGCUUUUGUGUUAGGUCACCUUUUGCAUUAAGCCUCCCCUUGAUUCCUGUUUUAUACUACUACUUGUUCUGUUUGUCCGACAGCUGGAAAGGUGGCGCUUUUGUCAGUAGAACUACUGAGCUUUGUACAUGGAGGAUGUUUUUGUGAUUAAUAAAAAAACAAGGAUUUGGGGUAAAAAUAUGACGAAAUGGAAAUGUAUACACAUGGAGAGGCACAUUUAUCAAAGGUCGAACUUCGAAUUCCGAAUUGAUUUGAGUUUUUAAAAACUCCAAUGAACUUGAAAUUCGACCAAUCGAAAUUUAUUUUAAAAAAAACGGAAUUUGCUGAACUGUGGUGAAUAGGAUUGAUCUGAAAACUUGAAUCGAAUUUGAUUCCAGUUUUAAAAACUUGAUUCAAAGUUUUCUCAACUCAAAUGUCAGGAAGGCUGUAAACGAAUCCGAAAUGAUCCGGGGACGUCUCCCAUUGACUAAAACAGCAAUUUAGCAGGUUUUGGGUGGCGAAUAGUUGAAGUUGAGUUCUUAAAGGGCCCGAGCAUGAUAAAUAUCGAAUUCAAAUUUUUUUAAAAAAACCUCAAAUCGAAUUUAAACAAUUUUAAAUUCUUGAAAAUUCUAAUUUGAAAUUAGAAUUUUCAAUGCGACCCUUGAUAAAUCUGCCCCUUAAUCUAUAAUGAUUUAUUUUCAACCUGUCCUCAUACACCAUACUGCAUUCACUAACCAUUCUCAUAUCAAUGGUCCAUAAAUACAGAUUUCUAAUCUCCACAAUAUAUCAUUUUAUAUUAUUAGGAAACCUUAUCCUUUAUACUUUGUAUCAUUUUUAACCCAGUUAGUACAACAUCAGUCCUCCUCAUCUAAUUAUUAGAUAUUAUUUUGCUUCAGGUUCAAUGCCAUCAUGGAAACAACUUCAGAUUGAAUGUUAUGAAAUGAGAAAUGCCAAUAGACUGACAGCAGUCUCUCCGUAUACAUUGUUGGCUCUAUGCACCAUUACUAUAGAUAUGAAAUAUACAACAAAUCCGAGUUAGUGACUCUAGGCUUUAUAUAUAUAUAUUACAUUGUUUUGAAGCAGAUACAAGCGACUCCCCCACUCAGUGCUGAUUUCUAUAUUUUACAUGAGGGUGUAACCACUGUCCUGGUCUUUCUUAAAGUGCCCCCCACGUUCAUUUCCAGAUAUAACCAUGCAGAGACCUAUAAUACAAACAUGGCUCUUUUCCUAGUAAGUAUUUUUAGUUUGUUUAGGGUCUGCCAUGUAUUUUAUUUUGUCCUCUUUACCUUGUAGAAGAUAUAUUUGUCACAUCAGAUAUAGCAAAGCUAUGUGUUUUAUCUAACCACUGCAUGGUAUAUACAGAUAACUGUGCGUUAUUGUUCUUUUAACCCAUACUAAUCUUUGCACAGCAGCCUGCCGUGCCUUACUGCUUCCCUAGUUCCUCCAAUCCACAUCAGUCAUGUAGAGAUCUGGACUUUUAGCCGAGCAGUUUUUUUCCUAACAAUAUCUAGGACUUGGGAAGAAUGUAGAAUAAAAGCUACGUAGAGACGUCUAAUAAGCAAAUAAAGGGUUUUUUGGUAGCUUCCCACAGUCUUUACCAAAUCAAAUGGCAGGACUGAGAGUUCUGUGGCCUCUGCCACGUGCAGAGUUGAAAGCUGCUACUAAUUCUGCCAUGACAUUGCCCAUUAGUAUGCCAACAAAAUAGCUCUAGCUGGUUUAUACAUUUGAACUGGGGAAAAUAACAUGGAAUUUUUGAUUUUAAUAUGAAUGGCAUGAAUUUGUCUUGAUUUUCUUUUCUAUAGAAGAAUUAUUGAUGCCUUUUUCUCACUGCCAGCCACUUACUCUAGGGCUGCAGCAACUGCCACACAAGCAGCAUAUACUAGGCCCAUCACAUAGACAACCAAAAUACCUCUGUGAGGCCUAAAUCUGCACAAGGCUGCCAUUACGUGCAAAUACAAAUGGAUAGAAAGCCAGAGGAAUUUUUUUUUUUUUUGAAGACAUUUUCCAAAUUCCCCGAUGAAUAAGUCUCAUUAUUGCUGAGCAAAUGAUUGUUUUGUCACUUCCGUUGCAUUGCUGGAUCUGGUUACAGAACCUCAAUAAGGGAAUAGGCUAUUUUCUAACUGACAAAAAGCUGUAGCAGUUGCGCUUCAAUUAACCCAUUGCUUGAUACCCAUUGUCAUGUAUAUAAACUUUAUUUUCAUCAGAAUAAAGCAAUCUUUAUUAAAA